AUGACUUCGGACUGCUCCCCUACGUGCUGCUCCUCUGAAUCCUGUGCCACAGCUUCCGACUGUGUGUUCGCUUCACCCUGUUCCAUGGAAACCACUCACCUCCCCAGCGCCCAAGCCACCUCCAGAGGUCAGACCCCUAGCUUCCUUUCUGGGUCUCGCUUGGCAACCGGCUGUGUCACACCGUGCUACUUGGCUGGGAAUGGUCACAUUCCGUGCUUGGUGGGGAGCGGUGCUUGGUGUGAGGAUGGGAUGUUCAACAGCAACGAGAAGGAGACGAUGCAGUUCCUGAACGACAGACUCGCCAACUACCUGGAGAAGGUGCGAGGCCUGGAGGAGAUGAACGCGGAGCUGGAGUGCAGGAUCCGAGAACAGUGUGAAGGGGAGGUCCCCCUGGUGUGCCCCGAUUACCAGUCUUACUUCGACACCAUUGAAGAUCUCCAGCAAAAGAUCUUGUGCACAAAGGCAGAGAAUUCUAGACUUGCUGUUCAGCUUGACAACUGCAAACUGGCUGCCGAUGACUUUAGGUCAAAGUACGAGUCUGAACUGUCUCUUCGCCAGCUGCUGGAGACGGACAUUGGCGGCCUGCGUGGGAUCCUGGGUGAGUUGACUCUGUGCAAAGCCGAUCUGGAGGCCCACGUGGAGUCUCUGAAGGACGAUCUCCUUUGCCUUAAGAAAAACCACGAAGAGGAGGUCAACUUGCUUCGCAGACAGCUGGGUGACCGACUCAGCGUGGAGCUGGACACUGCCCCCACCGUCGACCUCAACAAGGUCCUGGAUGAGAUGCGCUGUCAGUAUGAAACGGUGCUCGCCAACAACCGCAGAGACGUGGAAGAAUGGUUUGCUGUUCAGACAGAGGAGCUGAAUCAGCAGCAGCUGUGCAGCACGGAGCAGCUGCAGGACUGCCAGACAGAGAUCCUGGAACUGAAACGCACAGCCAACGCUCUGGAAAUUGAGCUCCAAGCACAGCAAAGCCUGACAGAAUCUCUGGAAUGCACUGUGGCGGAGACUGAGGACCAGUACAGCGCGCAGCUGGCCCAGAUGCAGUGCCUGAUCGAUAACGUGGAGAACCAGCUGGCAGAGAUCCGCUGUGACCUGGAGCGGCAGAACCAGGAGUACGAGGUGUUGCUGGACACAAAGGCCCGGCUGGAGUGUGAGAUCAACACGUACCGGGGUCUCCUUGAGAGUGAGGACAGCAGGCUUCCCUGUCACCCAUGUUCUACCACAAGCACGUCAGACAACACUUGUGAGCCAUACUCCACGUAUGUGAUAUGCACGCUCGAAAACUGCUGUGUGUGAAUGCUAAACCCCCAGCGCGGCGGAUGGAGGCUUCAAAGCCAGCAGUGUCCUGGAAAGGAGAUGGGGGCUUCAGUCAGAGACAUCCAAACUUGAAAGUCAAGAAGGGUUUUCCAUCCUGGGGAGCCUGGGUGGCUCAGUCGGUUGAGUGUCCCACUCUUGGUUUUGGCUCAGGUCAUGAUCCCAGGGUCGUGGGAUUGAGCCCAAGUCAAUCUCUCUGCACUGAGCGUGGAGCCUGCUUGAGAUUCUCUCUCUCUCCCUCUGCCCCUCUUCCCCUCUUGCUAAUACUCUCUCUCUCUC